GAAAUACUUGGGGCUCUGGUAAUUUGGUGGAAUCUAUAACAAACACCCCCACUCACCCACCCAAUCUCUCUCUCUACAAUUCACAUUUGUCUGUUAUAUGCCACCGUCUGGUCGGCAACAAGCCCUUCUCGUCAGUCACUAUUUCUGUCUCUCUUCCUCUGUGUUGUCACACACUGUUUUCUGCUUAAAUUCUUCUGUGCUCAUUGUGAAGAAGAAAAGUCCACCCCUUUCUGUCUAAUCUGAUUCAACCAAUUCAAUUCUGUUUUUAUUGAUCUGGGUUCUUGUUUCUGGAGAGAGAAACAUAUUUCUUCUUGCUUUAAUGGACCUUCAGUUUUAAUUGCUCUGUUCCUUUCUUUGUCUGUCUUUCUGCAACACUUCAGAAACUACCGGUGAUCUUUCUUCGAUUUCAAGAUGAUUAAUGUGAUGGAUCAUGUGAACAAACCCAUGAACGAAGUGGACAAAAGCUUAGAUGCACAGUUAUGGCAUGCCUGUGCCGGUGGUAUGGUGCAAAUGCCGGAAAUAAACUCCAAAAUUUACUAUUUUCCACAAGGUCACGUGGAACAUGCGGUCACCGGCAAUGCCGGUUUCCGGGAUCUCCCAAAAAUGUCUCCGUUCGUUCUGUGUAGAGUAUCCACCGUAAAGUUUAUGGCGGAUGCCGACACAGAUGAAGUUUACGCAAGAAUUGGUCUUGUUCCGUUGAGAAAUAAUAACGAUGUUGAUCUUAAUGAUGAUGGGUUGUUAGGGUUUGAUCAUAACAAGAAUGAAAAUCUUGACAAACCGGCGUCGUUUGCGAAGACAUUGACUCAAUCCGAUGCGAAUAACGGAGGUGGGUUCUCGGUUCCGAGAUACUGUGCGGAGACAAUAUUUCCGAGGUUGGAUUACACGGCGGAGCCGCCGGUUCAGAACAUAGUGGCUAAGGAUGUUCACGGGAAGUUGUGGAAGUUCCGGCAUAUUUACCGGGGUACGCCUCGCCGGCAUCUUUUGACGACCGGUUGGAGUAAUUUUGUCAACCAGAAGAAGCUGGUGGCGGGUGAUUCGAUCGUGUUUUUGAGGGCUGAUAAUGGCGAUCUUUGUGUCGGGAUAAGGAGGGCGAAGAGGGGGUUCGGAAGGGGGUUUGUUGAGUCGAAUUGUUCCGGGUGGAAUGCUGCGGUUGGCGGGUUUGGGAAUUCCGGAAAGGUGAGUAUGGAGUCGGUGGUUGAGGCUGCGAAUCUUGCGGCGGCUGGUCGGCAGUUUGAGGUGGUGUACUACCCUCGCGCGAGCACGCCUGAGUUUUGUGUGAAAGCGUCGACGGUAAAGGCAGCAAUGCGGAUUCAGUGGUGUCCGGAAAUGAGGUUCAAGAUGGCGUUUGAGACGGAGGAUUCGUCGCGGAUUAGCUGGUUCAUGGGCACAAUUUCUUCGGUUGAUGUCGAAGAUCAGUUUCAUUGGCCGAAUUCGCCUUGGAGGCUUCUCCAGGUAGCGUGGGAUGAACCCGAUUUGCUACAAAACGUGAAACGGGUCAGCCCGUGGUUAGUUGAAUUGGUGUCGAAUGUGCCAUCGAUUCAUUUAUCGCCAUUUUCGCCUCCAAGAAAGAAGCUACGGAUCCAACCACCGGAUUUCCCCCUCCUUUCGAUGCCACCGAUGAUCACAAACCACAUUCCCGCAAGCAUUCAGGGAGCCAGGCAGUUUGGAUUUGAUCAUCAUCUUCAUCAGCAACAAUACUUAAACAAGAUCCAAUCUUUUCCAUUCGGGUUACCAAGAUUUCCUCCAAGAUCCAUGGGAAUAUCCCAAGAAGCCCAAGCAAACAAAUUCGAAAACGAAAACGCUUCCUGUUUGCUAACAAUCGGAAACGUUAGUAACUCGAAAGCCAGCUUGAAAAGUGAGAAAAAACCGACCUUUUUGUUGUUUGGUCAGCCGAUAUUCACCGAACAACAGCUUUCCGAUAGCAGUUCUGGUGACACAGUGGCCAACCAGUCUGAUGGUUCGGUGGUGGUUCAAAAUGGUCCAGUGGAGAGCUCGUCCGAUGAAGCUGGUCCAUGGUUCAAGGACCUAAGUUCCGAAUUCGGACAUGAGACCGGGCAUUGCAAGGUUUUCAUGGAGUCCGAAGACGUGGGGCGGACUCUUGAUCUCGCUGCUUUUCAUUCAUAUGAAGAGUUGCACCGAAAGCUAGCUGAUAUGUUCUGUGUCGAGAAAUCGGUAAUGCUCAACAACUUAAUUUACCGCACCACAUCCGGUUCGGUAAAACACACCGGUGACGAACCUUUCAGUGAGUUCUCAAAGACAGCUCAAAGGCUAACAAUUGUGAUGGAUUCUGGCAGUGAAGUGUAAGAGUUAGUUUUAGUGACAGAUUAACAAGUUCUUGUAGCGUGUACAGUUGUCGCUAAUUCGGAUUCUUACGAAAUCUUGUUUUAGUUUCUGGUUGUUGUGGUAAAGUCCAUAUCAACCGAUUCUUAGACGGUUUUAGUUUAUGUUUUCUGUAGUAAUCUCUGUUUUUUCAAACAUUGUAUUUGGAUUCAUUCUAGUGAUGUUUUUUCUUCAA